ACGUUCCGGAUUUUACUAUAAAUAUAUAACGCACCGAUCCAGCUGAUUCAGUUAUUUGCAUUCAGUACUACCGUAACUCUGCCAGGAUGAAGUUCUCAGUGGCGCUUCUGCUGUUCGUCGGUUUGGCACUUCACUACUCCGACGGAGCCCUCUACACGGCCGAGGACUACCAGAAGUUUAUCAAGACCUGCGGUAAAAUUCUGCGAACCUCGUCGGAAACCUACCAGCGAUAUAAGGACAAGGACUUUAGCGAAAACUCGGAGCUGUACUGUUUGAUCCGGUGUGUCGGUAUCAGGACCGGUUUCUACGAUGAUGAAACUGGAACCAAUUGGGAGCGAGUUGAGGAACAUCAUUCCGGUAAGCCGGGUUUGAGUGAGUACAAGAAGGCAACCCAGGAAUGUACGGCUGCACUGAAACCGGAGGAUUACGCCGACGAUUACUGCAAAAAAUCGUUCCAGCACUUUGAUUGCGCUAGGAAGGCAUACGACGUGCAUCUUAAGGCGUGAGAGUGAAGAGGGUUGCGAGUAAGCGAGAACAGUUUGGCAAUAAAAUUGACUUUUAUCGAGUGCAAUUCA